AGAUGUUGCAUCUACUGAAAAGGACUGUUUGAUAUCAUUUUGACUAUAACCUUAACAUUCAUCUAAGAAAGACGAUGAAGAUUCUUCUCAGAAUUAUAGUGUUUGGUGCUGCCAUCUAUACAGCAUAUUCUCUUUGUAAUAGCUGUUCGGCUAUAACAGGCUUGGCAUGUGUUGAUAAUGAUAAAUUUAGUAUUUGUGCCAAUGGUAUCCCAUCAACUUUAAUAACCCAAUGCCCUGUUGGAACUGUUUGUACUGCUUCAGCACAAAUAUGCUCGCCGCCAUCAGCUACUGUACCAGGAUCAUGCAGCCGAUGUGGUACUUGUAAUGCUAAUAAAGCAUUUGCUUGUACCGGCUACAAUACAUUUGCCCUCUGUUAUGGUACAACAAUUCCAAGUUCUAUGAAUUUCACAUGUUCCGGAACAUUGGUUUGCAAUGUUGAUGAUCCAGAAAUUUGUAUAGAUCCGGCAAUUGCAGGAAUUGGAGGAACUUGUCCUUCAACAACUACAACCACACCAACUACAACUGUCAGUCCAACAAUUACACCACAAACAACAACACCAACUCCAAGUUCAACAAUAAAUCCACAAAACACAACAACUGUCAGUCCAACAGCUGAUCCACAACUUUAUUGUGCCACUUUAGGAUCAAGUGGACGAUUUGAUAUACCAACAGAUACUUUUUGCAAACAUUAUGUUUAUUGUACUUUAUACAAUGGUACAUGGAUUGGAAAUGUUUACGAAUGUCCCGGAUCAACUUUUUUCAAUGCAACUUCCAAAUUAUGUGGCGUUGAAACGCCACUACGGUGUGUAUGAUCAAAUGUUAAGUUAACUAUAUUUCCUGUGAUUUCCUUAAUAAAAUAAAGUUUUGAAGCAAUUAA